UUCGAUCUGCGACCGAGCUUUCCACUCCACUACUGACGUACUCCAUGCGUUAAGUGAAUGCAAGCAAACAGUUGAACUAAGUCCACCGCCUUGAGGUGAAAGGAGGUCUCAAUAAAGCGAAAGGCAAGUAACAAAAACAAGAAGUGACUGACAAACACUCUUUCGGACCAAUUAUGUUAUCCUAAAAGAAAAAGUCAGUUCAGUUCAGUCUUUUGACGAGAGCAGUCGCACGCUUUGUUGCUCUUGAUCCUGAUCAAACGACCAGUCUGAGUGUGUUGUGCGGUGUUGUGCAGGUGGUCAUGUGGCUGCUUACGCUGAAUGCUUUGGCGGCAAGACUUAUUCUAAAUUGGAUGAUAAAGCUACAUCUCAAGAUGCCAUCACAGGAUGCCAAAAUGUUGGUGCAACUUUAGUAACUCCCAGAUCGAUGGAAGCUCUUCAAAAUGUUGAGGAUGCCACCCAGGUGGGUGAGUUUUGGAUUAAUCUCUUCAAUAAAUAUGGUUUCGAUUGCCAAGACAAUGCCUGUCAGAGUGGGAAAUUGACAACGAACGAUGGUCAAACCAUUAGUCUAGGAGUAUUUGACAAAGUCGAAAUAAAUGACGACGAGAGAUGCAUUAAGUCAAAAAAAAUCGACAUCUGGUCGGUCGACUGUGACCAUAAAUUAGAAGUUGUCUGUGAAAAGAAUUGCCAAGUCGCGACUACGAUGACCACAAGUCCUAAUCCGGCACCCUGUCACAACAUGGGUUCGGUUCAAUCGAACGAAAACCAAAAGUUUUACAAAGCUGUGGACUCCCCAGGCGGAUAUCAGAGUGCUCAUGAGGCUUGUGCAGCUUCUGAUAUGGAAUUGGCAGACAUUUCAACAGAUGAGGGAAUCAAAGCAAUCCAUGAGACAUUGGGAACUGGCCCUUUUUGGCUGUCCACUUAUAACCCCAGUGCAAGGGAAUGUACGACACCUACUUCCUGUUACUCAAUUCUACGCAACGGCUACGGGUCUUAUAUACGAUACAAUUGGUUGAGCUCAAAUAUGGAUAUCAAUAUCACACCCGCCAGAUGUGUACAAGUGACAUGUAACAUCGGAUCAAUUAAACUUGAGAGCCUGGAUUGCCAAAGUACUCUUAAAGUUGCUUGCGAGUCAAGUUGCGCUCUUCAAACUAAAGGAGGUGGAUAUGACAGAUGCCCUAUUCCACCCGUGGGUCCACAUCCGAUAAUAUAUGAGACAACUCCAAGCUCAUUCAAAGCAGGCGCUACACUUCAAUUACGCAAUAGAUGGAAAACUUGAGUAGAUGCAGACAGUUUCAUCAAUGUUUUUUAUAUGUUUAACAUGUUCGUAACGAUGUCCCCAAGAUGAUGUGCGCAUUGUAUGAAGAAAGAAAACAGAACUUUGAUUGAGCUUGAAUGGUUCGGAUUUUGGAAUUUAAACAAUACAUUUGGCAGGACAUUCUACAUUUAAUCACACUUUUUUCGGUUGACGAACGAGGAAAUUCAAUCUACUCAUUAAUUGUGCCCACCUUGCAAAAUGAAUAAAUUCGUGUACUAUUCUUUUGACUUGAUAGCUAAAAAAGCUACUGUUUCUUAAAGUUUGCUCAAGAUUGUCAUGUUUACAUAAACAGAUAUUUUCUAAUAGAAAUAAAAACCUAUUAUAUUAUAGAAACGUAAUUUUGAGCUGAAAAUUGAAAUACAUGGUCUAAGCGACA